CGAGAAAAUACUAGGUCGUUUGAGCCUCGAGCCGGUUGGUGCGGAGGUUCUUUGUGGAAGGCUAGGGGAGUGGAGAGUGGAUUUAUAUUUAAUGGUGCGGAGUCUACUAUUACUACUCGUGCCUAUCUUUGGUAAUGGAUUAGUUACUACUCCCUCUACCCCUUUUUUACUCAAACAAAGAAAAAGAAGAAGAAAGUAUCUGCCUUCCGCCGACGUCGCAUUAUCUGCAUGCUUUGCAUUUGUAUUUUGUUGGAGAAUGGGUUGGUUGGUCGCAUUGUACUGUAGAUAAUACCACAAGACUGAAUUUGGCGAGGCGGCGCAUUAACUUGAGGUAGAUGAUAAAUUUAUACUACCUAUGUCUUACCGUUUCGAGCA